AUGUUGACACUCAAACUUUUCAUACGCCGAAUGAGUUUAGCCGCCAAUAGAAGUACCGAUGGUCCAAUUGCACAAGCGAUAGACACAAAGAUUCGGCAAAAGUUUUCCGGCAUGCAACAUUUUGCGCUCUUCAAUGAUUCUUACAAGCAUGCUGGUCAUCAUGGCAUGGAAGAAGCCGACAACAAAAUCGAAUCGCACUUUCGGCUUGAGCUAGUCAGUGAAGCAUUUCAAGGGCUAACACUCCCCAAGAGACACCGCCAAAUCUAUAAUUUACUAGACGAAGAAUUGAAGAAUGGUGUACACGCGUUGCAGCUUCAAACAAGAACUCCAGCGGAACAAGCAAAGAAACAGCAACAAUGA